AGAUGAUCCGCCAAAGCCUGAGUGUUCGAAGAAGGCUGUGGCAUGUUUCCCAAGUCGUCUCUAGUACUGCGAUGUACUGCGUUCAUCAGUGGCUUUUCAUGUUUUGCCAUUGUGGUUGAUUGGCCACGUCUGGGAGUGUUGCAGGUUGUUUGCCAACAAUGCACGGCAAAUUGUUCUCCGUGUGUGGCUGUGUGUGUGUGUGCGCGCACGCGCAUAAGCGUUGUCCUUGAUUGGAGGACUGAGCACAAACCUUGAGGUCAGAACAUCAUGUGUGGUUUCAAUAGCCCACCAUCUCAAUCUCAGCUGCACCUUCAAUGGAUCGUGCUGCCGCUCCUGCCUUUCCACCAUCAAAAAUUGUUGGACCGCACUCAUGCGCAAAAAGGGCGUUGGUUUCCGCUGGAAUAUGUCCUGCCCAUCCUGGACCACUUGGAACAGGCGGGCGAAGUAUUUGAAGUGAAUGGUCAGACUUCAGCCGAAGAUGUCAUCAAGCACUUCAACGGCUGAUCGGCUUUCAAGAACAGACAGGUACUGUGCCAGCUAUGCUGCUGUUGCAAAUUGGAAUCCUCAGGACUUUGGCUAUGUCGUUCAUGAGGGCAGUGUUCACACUAUUGCAGAGGUACGAGCCGAUCGAGCCGUGCGUUUGGGCAAUCCCGUCAAUGUGGACAGAACUGCCCUGCAAGCUGAGGACAAGCUGCGACUGCAGAACUACGGCCGGAAGUACAGUGAAGCUGGACAGCCAGGAGGCACCUACUACAAGCAUCACAAGGCGGCCAAGAUUGGUGCUGGUGGCAUUCAUAUUUGGCCUGGACUCGAGGUUCUUUGCGAGAAUGCCUGAGCCACGACAACUGUGUGCGCCAAGAGCACAACCUUGUGCGGCCACAUUGUGAAUGGAGGUGCACUGCGAGGCUCACAGCCUCAUGAGCGCUUUUCGUCAGCGGGUGCGGGGGGUUCAGAGUCUCGGACAAGGCAGGCCUAGUGAGGUGGUGGAACAGCCGUGGCUACUACGCAUCGCCACUGACAUUCCAACCCUUUGCUGGAUCACAUGCCCGUCAACCAAUGACAACCUGUUUUGCUUCCUCGCACUAUGCAUAUAGAAUGGGGAUUGCUUUUGGUGAGCAUAGUUUGAUGUGUGGUGUCUGUUUGCCACCGCCUGGCUAAUCACAAGCACUCGCUAGUUGGCAAGUUGGCUAGUCAUGAGGAAGAAACACGCCAAGCAUAUAUUUGGCCAAAUUGAAACUUGUAGCCCGUGGGCACUUCGAAAUCGAGUCAACUAUGAUGCUAGUCAGUGCCACUGAACUCAACAUGCUUGAUCGGCCAUGUUCCUCCGCACUGCCUCCGGUCACUUGAAUGGAAGGCGCACGGCAAAAUACAGUUCAAACCAGUUUCAAAAUCAGCUCCACCAAGUCAAUGAGUGAUGGCUUGGCUUGUAGGAUUUUUGUAGGUUUGUAGAAGUGUGAGCAGCCUAGCGGGGGAUGUAAAGAGAUGUAAAGAUGUUGGCCGGCACCACAACGGCCCUGCUGCACCAGAGCUGCGAUGCUCC